CUAAUCAACAUCGUCACUGCCUCUCUAUCCUCUCCCUCCGAUCAGAAAACUGUCGUAUCUGACCAGUAUGCCAAUGACAAAAACAGUGCUACCGAAGUUCAGGCCUAUGCCAAAAUAUCUGGCUCAAACUGGACCUACUACGUCAAAACACUAAAAAUCAAAAUAGGCAGAAACACUGAAGUCAACAACCUCAAUAACCAGUCCACCUCCAAUCCCUCCUCCAAUACAAACCCAAACACUGUCGACAUAGACCUAGGCCCUGCCAAAGUCGUCUCAAGACAACAUGCGACCAUCUCCUACAACCUCUCAACAAGAAACUGGGAACUCCACGUAACUGGCAGAAAUGGUGCAAAAAUCGAUAACCUAAGAAUACCCUUUGGUCAAGCAUCUGAUCCAAAAGUAUUGCAUUCAGGCAACGUUAUAGACAUUGGUGGAACUCAAAUGAUGUUCAUAUUGCCUGAAUCAACUCCCACCAUAGCACAAUCCAUCCUAUCACAACUAUCCUCAAAAUUCUCAAAACUAUCCUCAGUAAACCCAUCCAACAACCCAAAUCCUCACAAUCAAUCAACUUUCACUAAUUUCACCACCAUAAACCCCAUCAAUAAUAAUAAUAAUAAUAAUAAUAAUAAUAAUAAUAAUAAUAACAACAACAACAACAACAUAGUCAACCCAACCUCUUCAUCCAAUAACCAUCAAUUCCAAAUCUCAAAUCUAUCUUCAAAUUCAAAUUCAAAUUCAAACCAAAACAAUUCUAAUCAAACCAAUUCAAACAAUUCAAACUCAAAUUCAAAUAAAAAUGGCUACGUCAAUUACCCAUUCAUGGCUAACCACAUCAAAGGCUUCCAAAUAUUCAACAACAUCAACCCCUUAAUAAAUAACAUCUCUCAAUCCAACAACAAUAACAACAACAUCAACUCACAUAAUAACUCAAACCUUUUAUCAAACGGCUCAUCCAACAACAACAACAUCAACAACACUCAUCUACUACAAAAUAUAAACGCCUCAAAUAACUUGAUGAUCCCAAACUCCCUAGCUCUCAAAAAUAACAUACUACACAAUUUAGAACAAGACCUAUCCAAAGAAGAAUCAAAAGAUAUCAAACCUCCCUAUUCCUAUGCUACAAUGAUAACCCAAGCUAUUUUAUCAAAUCCAGAGGGCGUACUAUCACUAAGCGAAAUUUAUGACUGGAUUUCAAAGCACUACGCCUUUUACAGAUUCAGCAAAACUGGCUGGCAAAACUCAAUAAGGCAUAAUCUCUCCUUGAAUAAAGCCUUUGAAAAAGUCCCACGAAGACCUGACGAGCCUGGUAAAGGCAUGAAAUGGCAAAUCGCUGAGUCCUACAAAGACGAAUUUUUAAGAAAUAUUGCUACUGGUAAUAUAAGUAAAGUUAGGAGAGGCAGC